ACGUAAAUCUCCCCUCACCUCUACCAAGCAAGCUUAGUUAAAAGUACGCGAUGUAUAAUCUUCUUGCUCCUCGCAGUACUACUUUCUCGAAUGUCUGCCAUCUCUCUCUUCUAUCUAAUUUCUACCAUCUCUUCAAAAUAAAUUGGGAAACAUUUUGUAAAUUUCUUCAAAUAAAUUUGGGGAAUCUUUGUAAAUUAUGUCACCGAAGUCCCUAACAUGUCGUAAUUCGAUCGAUUCAUGCUUGAUCCAACUCCAUACAUGGAAACCCUUCAGCAAUUACACAACCCCUAAUUCGAAUUCGAAAACCCUAGAUUCUGAUUCUUAUAUCACUAACAAUCCCAAUUCAAAUUCAAACCCUGAUCACAAGAAGACUACUGGAAUUCAUCCAAAACGCCCUUGUUUAUCAGAUCGAGCUACUUCUCUAUUUUCUCUCUCCCUUGAUUCCAUUGAUUUCUCCAAGCUCAGUCUUUUCGAGGAUGACGGGGACAAGUCCCGCCAUUACAACAAGAAAGAUAAGUUCCGUUGGAUGGCGAAGAAACGACGCCGUCGAGGUGGGUCCCGCUCUGUCUCCGGUAGGAGUAGCGAUCGUAGUGGGACCCGCAAUGGGAGGUGCUGUUCAGUAGGGGCCACUGCCACUGCCACAGCCACGGCGACUUGUUCAGAUUUUAUGGUGGCGGCAGGCGGGACCGAUUCGAGUGGAGAGUUGUUUGUGAAUGGUGGUGGGAUUGGGAUUGGGAUUGGGAAUGGAAAUGGCUGGGCUUCUGAUGUGAGUGAGGCCAGGAGAGAGAGGGGGAGUGGAAUUGGGGAGAGAGAGAAUUCUGCUCUAGGGGGCGCCUUCGAUGCUCAGGGGAGUGAGUCCGGUUACGGGAGUGAGCCUGGAUAUCGUGGUGAUGCUGAGUUUGGGUAUGGUGAUGAGUUGGAUGACGAGGACGAGGAUGCCCGCUUGUUGUUGUGGGGUGAGAGAUUUGGAGGUUCCAGAAUCGAGAUGGUUGGGGAGAACUCGUUCUCAGAGCAGAAAGCUCAUCACAGAGGCCGAAGGAAGAAGCAUGACUGGAGAAUGAUGGCUUCUGUGAGAUGAUUCAAACGCCUAACAACCAGAUACUCGGAAUUUGGUUGAGCUCGAUUUGUACUUAACUACUUAGUGAUAUUAGUAUAAUUUUCUUGGAAGAACUUUUAACUGUGUAUUUUCCCAUGUAAUUUGCCUUGGAAGAAUUUUUUGGCAAUCUUCCAUGUAAAGUUAGGGCGUGUUUCAGAAGUCAUUGUAGUUUACUGAACAACUUCUGCUCUUUUGAGCCUGAGGUACUAACUGUAGUCUGAAUUAGUUGUAAUAGUUAUGAAAGGCUCAAAGCUAUUAACUUAUCUAUGCUAUAUCAUAAUCUCUUCCUACAAA